UGAUCCUAAUAUACACAAUAAUUUAAUUCAAUUCAAUACUAUAUAGUGUUCAAAUUGAUGAACUUUACUGUUUGUUUUUUUUUUUUUGCAAAUAUUCACGCACUCGGAUUUGACAUCUGCAAUAAAUUCCAAAAACAUCCCAACUUGAUUGGAACUGGGGUUUGUAUAUUGAGAGACGUAGAUACCUACGAGAAGGUGGACAACCAAACAGCUUAAUGCUGCCACCCACAGGGUUCGUCUGUGCCGAGGCAUAACAAAACUCUGAUUGCCGUGUUUGUUGGCAUCGAACAGCAGAUAAAGUUAUCCGCUAGCACAUGAGUGCAACGGAGCGCUAAGCAAUUAUUGCACCUAUAGACCAAAACAGAGCUGAAAGAAAAGUUAAUUCUUGAUUUUCAUUCAGCAGACAUCCAGAAACACAACCUCAACCUCAAAUCAUAACAUUUCUCUAUCCACACUGCGUUUAAAUAUGCACCUACACCACAAGGCCAAACAAAUCUGUCAGUGCACAUUUAACAUGAAAACAUUCACCCGUGUUUGCUGUGUCCAUAUCAAAUUUCGACUCUCUACUGCUGCAGCGUUUACUGCGAUUACUUUUCCCUGCAACGAUUAUUUACGUAUCAGUCAGUGUAAACGGGUCAGGUUUGCGUUACAGAAGAGAUAAAAACACAAAACAGAUAAGAGGGCGCUGAAAAUGCCUCCCCCUCCCCCUCCAGGUACGCUGACUUAUCAUUUUAGCCUCUAAGUCCCUGCCAUCUGCCCUGAGACAUGCAGCUGAAGCAUCCUGGAACAUAUGCAGAGGGGGAGGAAGAGUAAGGGAGGGAGACGUAAAUAUGCAGAGUGGACUGCAGAGUGACCAGGAAGUGGAGCUAUUGUUUUCGGGGUCACCUCGCUUUUCCUUUCAGGUCCUCCAGAGGUCUGUUGACUCCGCUCAGGCUGUACGUCUUACAUAAACAAAACUCCUCCUCGUCUGUAUCUGCACAAGACUGUAUCUUGUCCCGUUUCCUCUCUUGUCCAACGGGGGCUGAGUAAAGAGUUUAUAUUUUAUGUUAACAAUGGCAUUCCAAUUAAACCGCACUUGUGCAAACAGAGACGCUAAGGGAAGUGGUAAUUCCACAUAAGACAUGCAUCAAUCAAGAUUAUUUUUGACUUCCAGAGAGGAAACAUAUAUGCAAAAAAAAAGGGGAAAAAAAAAAACUGGUCUGACUAGUUGCUUCCAGAGUCAGUUGUGAGUACACAAAGGUAGUUACUAUAAUAGCAGCAUAUUCCUCACCAGUCAUGUUUAAUCUCUUCCUGGUUUGGCACCGCUGAGUGACAACGCUACCUCUGGCCAGGUCAGCCGAGCCAUUGGACGGAGAGCAGCAGGAGGCGGGGCGGAGCGCACCUUAGUUACAAAGUUACCCAUUAACUUUGUCCUUCUGGGAAGCAGCUGCAGAGCACACCUUGGCACAACCUUUGCACAGCGUUUCUACAUUUCACAGGCGAGGCAAAAGCAAGAGGCUGACAUGUGUGAGCGGAGUUGACCAGAGCCUCACUUCACUGCACCAGGGAGGAUUCUGGCUCAACGUAUCAACUCUUAAAUAUGACAUUGCUGCCGUCAAGUUGGUGCUGAACUGAGGCGUCCCCUGUCACUCAACCUUGCCACCUAGUGGAGCUCUACCGGUUCAACUCCCCUCUAGUCAACAAAUCUUUUCAAACAACUGCCUCCCUCAUCUGGGGAAAUGCUUGCCCUGCAACACCUCAUCGUCCUCCUCCACGUCCCGUUUAACGUUUACCUGCCUAAGACGAAAUAGCACAAAAACUGCUUUUUCACAUCAUCAAACAAUGAAAACCCUCCCCCAGUUACAGCGGUUCUAGAGCGACUAAUGUGUAAUAUACUCCCACAGUCCACGGUUUGGUGUUAGAGUUAAUGGUAUCCCAAAGCAAGACAGGAGCCUCAUUCAACUAGAAGCUAAUUAAGCCACACAGGAGAAAGUCUCCCCCCCCCCCCCCCAGGAAGAGUCUGCACAAACAAGAGAAAAGCCAGAUGGAACUACCACUGAAUGAGACAACAACGCCGCCUAAAAAUGGCACUUUGACAACUCAGGCGCCCAGUUAUGCCAACCACAACUGGGAGUUCCUGGUGGCCGUCCUGGCCACGGCCAUCACCGUCUCCAUUCUCAUCGCCCUUCUGGCUAAAUGUCACUUGAUUCGGCACUACCUGGCCAGCUACAGGCACACACGGCUGAGGGAGGCAGACGGUGUCAGCCAGGGUGACCCAUCGGGCAUGGACGUGGAGUUUGCCAUGCACAACGGGGUGCAGCCUCACUGCGUGCCUCCUGUGGGCGAGGAGGACGACGACGGCUUCAUUGAGGACAACUACAUCCCGGCCAGCGAGAGAGCGAGGGCCGAGAGAGCGGCGGAGAUCCUAGAGGAGGACACGGAGGAGGAGCUCGAAGAGAUUGAAUUCAGCAUCGCUUAGCUGGAGAAAUGGAAAUACACCUCUUCAGCUGAGACAGAAAACCCAGGGCCGCCACUUACACUCCUAUUUUUUUUUUUUUAUCCUUUCAAUGUGUAUUUUAAAUGUGCACUGAAUGGAGACAUGGUACAGAUAAGUGUAGGGAAUACACAACAUUUUAAAUAUGUAAUUUCAAAGAAGGAUGCUGAAUAAGUUAAUGCACAGGGCAGUAUGAUGACAGAAGUUCUCUAUGUGGUGGCCCCCACACCAGAGAAUUUCAACACAUUUUUUAGGAAAAUGUUAAAAAAAAAAAAAGUAUAUCUUGGUUGUACAGUUCCAUAAAAGCACAGUGAAGAUUGGCUUUUCAAAAUUAACUUAUUCAAGUAUUCUUUAGAGGUAAAAAAAAAAAAUAACUAGCUAUAACUGCCUUUGACAGAAAUACCUUCUUGCAGUUGUUUUGCAUAAUUGUGUGCAAGGUUGACUUGCUAAUUAAAGGUGAUGUUUAGGGCGUUCUUGCAUAUACUGCCUGUUUGAAAUGUCCAACAACAUUUCAAGAGAUUCAGACUUGACUAGGUCGUUCCACGGUUCACCAUUUCUUUUGGGGUGAUUUCUCUGUGGAUUUGCUACGUGCUUAGAGUCUGUAUCCUUCUCAAAGUUCCACCUCAGACUCAUCUUCAGCUUUUCUUCACAUUAGCCGCAAGCAGUCUUUGGUAGGAUGCAGAAUUCAGAGUUGGAACUAAUGACUGGAAACUUCCAAAACCCAGCAAAUUCUUGGUCGUACAUAGAAGUCAUGUUUGGCCUGUGCCUGUCUACUGCUAUUGAAUUGAGUUGUUUCUUGUCUCCAGAGCACAUUUUUUCCAAAAAGCCACGUCCGUCCAUUUAUUCAUCUGCGACUGUAGUUUGGACAGCAAAGACUUUUCCUCGGAUGCAGGUCAGAUUUGUGCAGUCCUUUUCCGAUGGUAGACACAAAUACACUGUCAGCAGUUGUCAGAGUUGCCUGAAGAUCCUAUUAUGAAAUUCUGAGCUUUCUGGAGACUACCCUGAAUCACCUUUAUUAAUAGACUUUCAAAGAGCUUCUUUAAAUAGUCAAGAAAGAAAGAAAACAACUUCCGUUGCAUGCGCUUACUGUAUGAGUGUACACAGGUACAUUUGUUCAUGGAGUGCUUUAUUUGGUGGCAGACUGACACCAGUGAUAUCCAUGAUGCGUUUUUAUUAUGAGUGACGAUCAUGGGAAUUUAAUUUGAACUUCAAGCUGCCUUCUCUUGUUUUUAAAGUCUGUAAAUAACCGUAUAAACCGAUCACAUUUAAAUACAGUCUCAGUUUAAGGCUGAGGUGAUUGACAGAUUAAUCUGAUACCACUGUUUAUCUUGGUGUGAUCUGAACAGAUAACAACAGUGCAAUCAGUGAUAACAAUGAGGUAGAUGUAAACAGGGGUAACCGUGAGAAAACGUCUAGCUUAGCACUGCUAUUUGUUUUUGUUUUUUUUUAUAGGUGGAACGCUAUGCUAGCAACUAAGCCAUACAGGAGACAUGUGUAGCUCUCAGGGCAUUUUACUUUGAGGGAAGGAUUUCAGAUUCUGCUUCAUAGGAAGGAGUUCAUUAGGUACACUAGCAGUUCAGUCCUGCACUAAAUCUUAGCAUCCUGAAGUUUAUUGUAUUUGGCACUUAUUAAAAAUAACCAAGAGCUGUUCAUUUGACAUUUUUAUUGUACAACCCCAUUUUAGUCAGUAGACUAGGAUAAAUAAGAAAAAACAUUUUUGUGUUGAAUUCAAUACAGCGCCACAAACUACACCCCCCAUUAUGAUCAUACAGUUCUUUGUUGUGUCGUUUCAACAUAAAGAAAACACUUCAUCAGUCAUGAAGUGGUAUUUAGUGCCAAACUGUAUUAUUAGAACGCAUCCAUUUCCACCAGUGUACCUAAUGUUUUGGUUUGUUAUUGUGGUGUAUUGAAGUUGUUGUACCUUCACUAUUUGGAUUCAGAUCUUUUGUUUGUGCUGUUACCAUAUCAUUGUACAUAGUGUUUUUUAAUUCGACUGAAUGUGAGCACAGCAAGAUUUUUUUUUCUUUUUUUAAUAGAGAAUAUAGAGAGGUAUGACAGCUGCUGGAUGGAAAAGUAGGGCGGCUCAUUUAUAAAAGGAGGAGUACUUGUAAUUAGAAAGUACAACUUUCUACUUUUGGCUGCUAUUUUUAGGAUAACCUUCAGGGAAAGAAUUCAAUACUUCACCUACUUAUGAUGAAUAAACUCAUCACGAGGUUUGCCAAUAAAAAUCAGACUGUGAGUGAAA